GGUUUCGGGGAGUGGAUUUAAAAAGAACUGUGUAGAGAUGUCCGUUCCCCCGCGUGUGUGAGGAAUGGAGGUUUGUCCGCUGCUUGCGCUUCGAAUCAGGCUUGUGAUCCAGAAGCUCAAACGCGCCGCGCUCAGGCUUAAAGGAAAGAAGAAGAGGAAGAGCUCCACAGAGCAGAGAAUCCAGCCGGCUAGAAGACCACCCGAGGAAAUCAAGAGAGACUAUGGAUUCCAGGAUUCUCCAGCAGCAAAGGCCAGGGCUGCUCUAGCAGAGCGCCACGAGAAGCUCGAGAGGGUAGAGGACAAGGCCCAAACACUACAGAGCAGUGCGGAGAACUUCGCCGGGCUGGCGAGAGAGGUGGUGAGAGAGGCGGAGAAGACGAAAUGGUGGCAAGUUUGGAGAUAUUGAUCGUUCGUUGCUUAAACAAACAAAAAGACUAUGCUCGAUCGAUUUUGAUGAUCGCGUAGUUCUUUCUGGAACCCAA